AUGCAUCUUUCUAGACUUCCAAGAUGGGCAAUAUCUCUGACGCUCUUCAACGGCCACCACUAUUGGCAUUAUAUCAAGUUUAAUCGCAAAUGUAAGCUAAUGCAAUAUCUGAGAACUCAAUGUCCAACAUGGGAAGGACCGCAGAAAGCACUGGGACGUACAUUUGAAAAUAGUGACCAAAUCUCACUUUCAUCUUCAGAUAUGCUAUAUUUUAACAAGUUUGUAAAGCUAGAUGAUGACAAUCUUACAUUCAUUGGGAAAUGUGCUAUCAAGAAAUUCAUUCAAUAUGUAGACAGACCUUGCGGUCUAAUCCCUCAUCCAUGUGUCAAUGAGUAUGGAUAUCUCUUUGGAGGAAUCAUAUAUAGAUAUGCAAAGCUUCAUAAUGCAGAUGAAGAUGUGAUUAAAGAUAUAGAAACAUUUGCAAAAUGUUUCCGUAAAAACGAUUCUAAUCUUAUUGUAACCAAAUUUGGUGAGCCAAAGUUCUACUUCAACUACAGAGAUGGAACUUAUCACAAAAUGCCAGGCUUUCCAGACUUACCACCAUUAAAAAUCAUUAAUGAAGAUCCUGAUUUUGAAUAA